UACACAUCCACCACCCAACAUUGACAGAAGAGCGCGUACGCAUCCCAGAAGUCUGGAGAUACGCCCUGCACGUGCGCCCUCUUCCGGCCAACAUGACACGUGACGACCACAGUGGCAGGCGCCUUGCGCGGGCGGAGGCACUGGCUCGCCACUAUGGGAACAAACAUGGUAUCUUUUACGUGGACGCCUCCGGUCCUCACCAUGGGGGUUGGUACACGGCUGCAGUCGUCCACCAAAACGUCGCAGUGAACGGCCUAACAUUCAGGGCACAAAAUAUAACACAUGCGGAGGAGGUCGCCAUCGCGCUAGCUGCCGCAGACCAGGACUCGCGCGUCAUCAUUACCGACUCGAGAGGGGCCUGCAGAAAUAUUGAACAGGGGUACGCUCCUCACCUUGCGUAUCGCAUCCUGCAAGAUAGCAAUUACGUCGGGGCCCCCGCGUCCCGGAUGAUCAUAUGGGCUCCAGCUCAUAUGGGCCUCGAAGGCAACGAAACGGCAGACGCCGCUGCCCGCGCGCUCACUCUCCGGGCAACGCCUUCAGACCCUUCCGAAAUGGAUCCCGAACCCAAUCCGGCCUUAACGUAUCGGGAAAUUACUGAGUUUUAUCAAUUCGGCCACGCAAUUUAUCCUAAACCCUGUAAGGGCCUUACAAAGGUGGAGGAACGCACACUCCUCCGCCUUUACACCAAAACGCUGCUGUGCCCGGCAGUUUUAAAACAUUUUGAUCCGGCCUGUACAGGAAAAUGCCCAUACUGUGAGGAGAAAUCUUCGGACGUCUACCACAUGGUGUGGGCAUGCCAGUCAACCCCGAACCUCGCCCCAAAACCACACCCCACCCGGGAGGACUGGGAGGCAGCCCUGCUCGGCUGCUCCGACCUGGCGAGCCAGAAGGCCCUGGUCGACCGAGCUCGAGUCGCGGCGAUCGCCAAUGGGCUCCUGUAAUGAGGAGCCCACCUAGUGCUUGUGAGGGGUGGCCCCCUCCGGGCCACCUCGCGCUUACUCCCUGUAUAUACCUCUAAUAAAGUUUUUUCCUCCUC